AGCUGUGCUUUUAAUAUUUCUGUGGAAGGAUGAAUUUGACGUAACAAGGCCUCGUCUGUUGGGGUCACGUGACUGUUAGCGUGUGCCAUAACAUCCAGCCGUUGGUAUUGAGUAUUCCACACAGUGUGUAACAUCAGUAGCUAACAGAUAUUAACACAAUGGAUUUCAACGUGAAGAAAUUAGCCUCCGGUGCUGGAUUGUUUUUCACACGAGCUGUCCAGUUCACAGAAGAAAAACUGGGCCAAGCAGAGAAGACUGAGCUGGACGCUCACUUUGAGAACCUGAUGAGCCGUGCAGACUGCACCAAACACUGGACAGAGAAAAUCUUCAGACAGACUGAGGUCCUACUGCAGCCCAACCCAAGUGCCAGAAUUGAGGAGUUUCUCUAUGAAAAGUUGGACAUGAAAGCACCUUCCAGGGUUACCAAUGGAGAGCUGCUGGGCCAGUAUAUGGAGGAUGCAGCAAAGGAAUUUGGUUCUGAAAGUCCUUAUGGGAGCACUUUGAUCAAGGUUGGGGAAUGUGAGAGAAGAUUAGGAGCAGCAGAGAGGGAGUUUCUUCAGACCUCAGCCAUCAGCUUUCUUACCCCCCUCAGGAACUUUCUGGAAGGAGACUGGAGGACCAUUUCAAAAGAACGACGUCUUCUGGAGAAUCUUCGCCUUGAUCUGGAUGCCUGUAAAACACGUUUGAAGAAGGCAAAGAUGGCUGAGGCUAAAGCUGCGAUGGCCCCAGAUUUUCAGGAGACCAGACCUCGCAACUACGUGCUUUCUGCCAGUGCCUCUGCGCUCUGGACUGAGGAAGUAGAGAAAGCGGAACAUGAGCUCCGAGUGGCCCAAACAGAGUUUGAUCGCCAAGCAGAGGUUACACGGCUGCUUUUGGAGGGCAUCAGUAGUACACAUGUGAAUCACUUACGCUGCCUGAAUGAGUUUGUGGAGGCCCAAGCAGCCUAUUAUAAGCAGUGUCAUUUCCACAUGCAAGAACUACAGAAAGAACUGGGAAGGCUUCCCAAUGCUUUUGCACUGAACUCCACCCACACUAUGGCCACUCCAGGCUCUGCUUCAGAUGGCAACACCAGCCCUGUGGAGACAGAUACACUGAAGAUUGAGGAAGUUCAAGCACCAGCUACUGGAACCCGCAAGGCCAAAGUCCUUUACGAUUACGAUGCUGCAGACUCCAGUGAGCUCUCCCUGCUAGCUGAUGAGCUUAUUACAGUUUACACAGUGCCGGGAAUGGACUCUGAUUGGCUGAUUGGAGAGAGAGGAAACCAGAAAGGAAAAGUGCCUGUCACAUACCUGGAGCUUCUCAGUUAGAGAACACACGUGCAUGCAUGUGCAUGUGUGUGAGUGGGCACAACCGAAGCCACGAAGAUUUUUCCCAAGCUUACACUAACCUGUAACCCUCAAUAACACUCCUCCACAAUACGCAUUAGCAAAACUGUUAAGUUGAACACAUACACACACAUGUAAUUUGUGUGCUUCUCCAAACACACUGAAGUACAUUCAUACCACACGAACAGCAGUGAAAAUGGGAACACUGUUACAAUGAGUACCAGAAAUCCCCCGUACUUGAGGGUUAGCAUUCCUUUUAGAUUAGCUGUGUGAUUUAUUACUAUGAUGGUUUUUUUGUUGUUUGUUUGUUUGUUUUCUUUUCUAUUUAUUGUUGUGCAUCCCAAAUAUACCCUGACAUGACCAUGCUUGUACAAAGCAGCGGUGCAGAUAAAAAAAACAACAUGCAAUUACAUGUCCUUAAUUCUCUCAGUUGACGUGGUGAUGUUAAGUCCCCCAGAAGAAGCCAAAACUUAUUUAACUACUUUAUUUUGAGUUGAUGUCUAUUUCCAGCAAUUACCUGGUGUGGAUGGGGAAAAGACAUUCAUGGCACUUUAUGGUUAAUUUUAAGUCCAUGUAGAAAUAGUAAGGAUGUGACUGUUCUCCAGUUUUAGUACAGAUAUCCAUUUUGUUCAUCCCCUUUUUUCUAUUAAGAUGAGAACAGAGUUGCUUUGAUCUUUUUUUUUUUUUUUCAUUUUGAAUGAAACCCCUAAAUAUGACAAAUAUUAGAUAACACUGGAGAACUAUUAAAAAUAGUAAAACUUUUUUUUGUUUGUCAUUGACUCAUGGUAGAAAGUUUGCCUUAACUGCUAAUUGAAAUGAAUGUAAUACCCAUCUUAUUUUAAGUGACAAUAAUUUCUUAGACAGUGGAUUGGAACAUUUCUGGAAGUUGUUUGCUUGAUUGAUUUUUGGCAUGAUUCCUUUUUUUUCUCCCACACCUUUUUUCAGCUCAACUUUGAACAAUAUGAACACUUGUGAAGCAAAUAAACAUGAACACUCUCAUCCUAACUGCCUUAAGAUGAUGAGGGGGAAGUGCUAAGACCAUCUGCUGCAAGUCACAGAAUGUGCUCCUCACCACCCAAAUGUCCACAGAUUUAAUGUUCACCACAGCCAGCAUGCAAGACUGUAACUUAAAUUAGAUUUGUGUGGUUUGCCCUUUAAUGUUUUUUUUUGGAGAUUUACAGCGUAUCUGUUUGUUUGUUAAACCUAUGAAGUGUCUUCAGUCUCUCAGCUGCAUGUGCGACAGCUAUUGGUCUGUCCUGCUCGACAUGUAUGUGUGUGUAAAUUGUGUAGCUAAGCCUGUUUGUGUGAGAUCUCAACAUGUUUGCACAAAAACUAAUGUGCUCUCUCACAUCCAAUAUGUGUACAUGCAUGCACUGUCUUUUUUGUUAUCCAACCAGGUGUUUUGUGAAAUGAGCAUAAUUCUUUUACUUUGCAGGACACAUGGCAGACAGAUGAGAAUAGGAUGUAAUAGGUCAUGGUGGCAGAAUGUAUUGGACAUUAUGUGGCCUACCCUCUUCCCUUGUGCUCAUUCCACAAAUCUGAGAUUUUUUUUUCUUUUCAAAAACUUUUUUUUUUUUUUUUACAGCUCUUGUUGUGAUUCUGUUGUACCUCAUUUUGUAUUAUAUUUUUUUUGUCUGAAUAUGUUAUUGCCUGUUCCCUGCUGAAUGAAUGGAAUGUAUGGGGUUUAAUAAAAAGUCUGAGUAAUUUGAA